CUCCCUGCGAUUUCCAAAGCCAAACAAAGUCAACUUCGUUGCCAAAAAAAACAAAGAGAAAUGGGGAUGACUCUGGGAAAGCCAUUUUCAGGUUUUUUCCAAGAAACCGAACAGAGAAUAGUGUUGUUUGGUCUUGAAGGUACCGGAAAAUCAUCAAUCAUGCACAAACUCAAAACCGGAGAAACCCUUACAACAAACAUGCCAACCAUUGGAUUUGAGGUGGAAAGCAUAAAUUACAAAGAUUCAACCUUGAGCUUUUGGGAAGUGGGCGGCCAACAGCGUUACAAGAUGAUUCCAUUAUGGAAACAUUACUUCCACGAAGCAGCAGGGCUUGUGCUUGUAGUCGAUAGCACAGACAGAGAUCGAAUCGAAGAGGCAAAAUAUUUUCUUAACAUGGUGAUUGAUGAGAUACAAGGUAGUGUGCCGGACAGUGUGGCUAUUCUUGUAUAUGGAAACAAGCAUGACGUUCCUGGUGCUAUGUCUGCUUCUGAGAUCACAAACAAGCUUGAUCUCGCUUCUCUUCGUAAGAAAAUCUGGCAGAGAAACUGGCAUACUCAGAGCUCAAGUGCACUCUCUGGUGACGGUUUACAUGAAGGACUCGACUGGCUCUUGAAAAAUGCGGGAAGAAUGUAAGAUAUGUUAUUGCGGAAUCGCUGUACCGAAUAUAGCCAUCUUUUGUUUCAAGUUAUUAACCUUGUCGUGCUUAUUCGCAAGCUCCAUCAACAACUUGAUCCUUUUAAAGGAAACAUUACUCGGUCUAUGACCUUUCUCAACCA